AUGGACACCAAUGCGCUUAUCGAUCUCGUCCACGAGGUGCAGGGCCAGCUUUGGGUUCAUAAGGUGAACCAAACCCAUAGAACGGGCCGUCUCUGCCAGUGGGUGUCUACUUUCCAUCCCGAAAAGCUUCCCUGUAAACUUGAGGGUACCUUUCACCAUGGCGCAUUUAAUGCAGGCAUUAAGAUGGUCUUCGGUGACAGCACAGCCUGGAUGGUUCGUUUCCCUCGUGUGGGGAUGGUCUCUGACGACUACGCCAAUGAAAAGGUUGCGAUGGAGGUGACAGCCUUGGAUCUUAUCCGCAACAGGACUACCAUUCCUGUCCCGGCAGUCCGAGCGUGGGGUCCCGCUACUAGCAACCCACUUGGUCUCGGCCCGUUUAUCAUGAUGGACUUCGUUAAUGGUGUGAGCCUUAGCGAUCUUCUCCAGGAUCCCAAUGCCGAGUGCCCUAGUAGAGUUAUGAGAGACGACAUCAGUGAUAAUGAUGUUAAAUUUAUCUACAGACAGUUAGCGAAUUUUUUACUUCAGCUCUUCAAGCUGGAUUUUGACCAGAUUGGCAGCCUGCCGUUGCCACAGGCUCAAGCCCAUAAGCCUACACUGCCCCGGCCACUAACGCUCAAGGCACAUAGCAUUCUACAGAAUGGAGGAGUUAACACUUUUGGUGACCGAACUCAGGGGUUCUCAACAACGACCGAGUAUUUUCAGUAUGUCCUUGGCCAGGACUGGGAACAGCUCAUUUACCAGCCAAAUUCGAUUGUCGGUGAAUAUGAUGCUAGGAACAAAUAUCUGGCUUUCAAGGUUCUGAAAACCCUGAUACCUGACUUAGUCAACGCGAAGUAUGAUCAUUGCAAAUUUAAAUUAAUUUGCGAUGAUCUUGGCCUAGCGAAUCUGAUUGUCCGUGGCAAGGAAGAACUUACUGUCAUCGGAGUAGUAGAUCUUGAAUGGUCAUAUAUUGGACCCGCCCAGCUGUUUGGCUCAGCACCUUGGUGGCUUCUUCAAGAUAGGCCUGUUAACAGCACGUGGGACUAUAAUGGUGACACGCCGCCCGAGAUCGCUGCCCGGUACUUUAAAUAUCUAGAUAUUUUCGUAUCUGUUUUGGAGGAGGAAGAGGCAAAAUUACCAGACUACGAAAAGAGGGAUCUGUCCAAUCUUGUCAAGUGGUCGCAAGCCUCCGGGGCCAUGUGGUUGCAUAUGCUUCUCUCAUCUGGCUUUAACGACCAUCGCAGUUUUCCUUUUACACAGCUCCGCCAAUUUUUCGGGGCUACCAAGUGGACAAAGUGUGAGAAGGAAUUUGGCCACACAGAAGAACUUGAGGCAUUUGUGUUGCGGAAGGUAAGCGAGUUGGAUAAGUAUAAUAAAGCUUUGGAGAAGAUGGAGGAUAAUAAAGCGCUCAUGGAUAGCGGGAAUAUAACAAGAGAGGAAUUCAUUGCCAAAGCUUCGAUAGAACCAGGCUGUACCCCUUGUUCCUCAUCGCUUGAGAUGAGCGAUGGGAUGAGAAAUGAUGAAGGAUUGUUCAAAACAGUGGCUACCUAGCUUAGCUUGCAAGCUGCAAAGUUUAGAGCCACUGCAAGGGAGAG